CGUUCUCUUCAUAAAGUGUAUUUUUACGUGAAGUAAUUUAUGGUUAUUUAUAUCAAGUGUAUUUUUAUUUUGGAUGUGUAUUUUUAUGCGAAUGCAACAGUUAAAUAAACACGAUAUCUUAUUUAGUAGGAAAUACAAAGAGCACAAUGUCGACAGUGACCAAUUCGCAGGAUAUAACCAGGAUAAAAGAAGUAUUGGAAUUGGUGAAACUUCUUCGUCAGAAUGGCGAUAAGGUUUUGAGUGCCUCCAGCAAACUCUCUUUGUCUACAAAACUGUUGCACAGCCUCAACGAAGCAUUCUCGCUGAUUGUGGUAGAAUCCGAAGAUCUGAAUUCUUCGUUUCACGUGUGUAACAGCUCCAAGAUAGAUAUAUUCCACGAUGUAAAGUUUCUACAUGAUUUUGUGCAAAAGACUAUCGGUUUAAAAGUGACACAUUACUCUCCUGACGUCAAAGUUCCCAUCGAUAUCUCCAAGUUCAGACAUUUAAAAUAUUUGGAACUAAGGAAAGUAUCCAUUGAGUUACUGAAGGGUCUACAGAGCAUCAGAGGUCAAUUGGAGAGCAUUGUGUGCACCGGUGGAAAGAGUGUAUCCACAAUUAAUCAAUUACUAGCUACAUGCGGAGGUGAUACUGAUGUUGGAUUUGUAUGGACAUCUUUGAAACAUUUAGUGUUGCCUCAUAAUGCUCUCGAACACCUAGAUAAAUCAUUAGAGUUAGCGCCUUGGCUUCAGAUAUUAGACUUGAGUCAUAAUAUAAUUACUAAUGCUAAGGAGAUAUCCUGUUUAUCAAACUUGAAGCAUGUUAAUCUGAGCUAUAACAAACUAGAACAAGUAUCUAUAUUCAAUAAGACAGUGUCACAUUCACUGCAAGUGUUGGUAUUGAAGAACAACUACAUUGACAGUUUAAAUGGUCUUCAAGGUUUGGAAUCUUUGACAGAGUUAGAUUUAUCAUAUAAUUGUUUAAUGGAGCAUUCAGUCCUCUGGCCAUUGCAACGAAUGUCUUUUCUAUUAUGGGUAUCCUUAGAAGGAAAUCCUUUAUCGUACCAUUCAAAACAUCGCUUGUUAUCUAUAAAACAUUUCCAUCCAAGUCUGUCGAACAGCAAGUUUGUUUUAGAUCAUCUGGCACUUUCGAGAGCAGAGAGGGCGAUGAUCGCAGAAAAUCGAAUCUUUACGAUAUGCACAGACACCUCCUUGAGCAGUUCGAUAUCCAUAAAUCUUUGCGAAUCUGAUGAAAACGGAUCGAAUCAUGAAGCAAUAUCGCUACCAAAGACUCUGGAAAGAAGCGUAACGAGGAGUAAGAGGAGGUCGAACGUGAGAGAAGCAAUUAUUGCUGAAAUCGAUCAUGAAAGGGAAGAAUCUAAAACGUUGUCUGAUAACGAGAUUUCUCACUUGGAGUCGUCACAGAAUCAUUUGGAGACAAAGAAACGCAUCUUAGCUUUGCGAGAAAAAUUUGGCAAGGCCAAUUGGCUGAGCAGUCACGCGGGGACAUUCAUUCAGGACAUUAUGGGUCUGCAGUCUGUUUCACAACUUUCGACAUCGCCAAUACAGACCUUGGCUGACAUUGAUACAGCCUCAUCUUUUCACGACACCUUGAUUUCUGCGAUGGAUAAUGUAAAGUCUUCCGGUGAAGUCGAAUCGCAGCCGGAAGUUGCGGAAUAUGCGGAUGACGAUAAAGAAGUUUCUCAAGACGAGGAAAUCUCGGCUGAACAUUCGGAAUCGCAUUCUCCUCCUUCUGUGUACGAUCCCGACGAAGAGACUGGAGAUUUAUACAUCGUUCAAAAAAGAAAGAAUGACGAGGAGAUGGAGGAUAUCUUCCUCGUAAUAACUACCGAAGAUAUCAAGGAGAGAGACAUGAUUACUGGAAAGGUAAAGUUCUGCUGGUCGACGAAGGCCAUAUUGUCCUGCGUCUUAGGUAGAAGCGAUCCACCCACAGUUGACAUUAUCUUUGACACCACGAGGAAAGAUAGAGAGAACAGGCGGUACCUCACGGAGCUAGAAGAUGCGAAGAAAAUCGUGUCGACGAUCAGCAAGCAGAUCGAGUUGCGGCCGAUAGCGUUAAAAGUUUUCAAAUGCAUGAAAUGCUCGACACAGUUCUCUCAGGAUGCAGAGUACGUGAUGCUUACCGUUAAGUCGACGACAGCGAAACAAUUGAAAUGUCCCAUCUGCGACAGCAGCUUGGUCAUCGAAGUGGAGGCUCCGUCUAAUGUAGACACUGUAAAGAAUCAGUCGUCGAAUAAUUCCACGGAAAUUAAUCUGCAACAUUCUGAAUCGUUCUCUAGCAUCGGUGGAAUGGAGGAUGAAGCUAAAUCCGUCACCACUUCUCAGGUGCACUUCGAUUCUCAUAUCCAAGCUCAAGUCUGCUGUUCAGCAACAAGUUUGGAAGAGUCGAGAGAAUUUACACCGUCUAGGAAUGUCCCGGUGAAGAAGUACGAGAGCGAUAUAGAGAUACUCAGCAAUCCGAGCCAGAGCAGCAUCGAAGUUUUAGACGAAACGCUGAAAGUGAAUGUGACUCCAAGUCGAAAACGUUCGACAGAGGAAAAGGAUACGGCGCUUCCUCCUUCCUUGAUAACGAUUCCGGAUGCAGCAUCGGUUAUGGCAGGCUUGACGGAAAGUAGUUCUUCAGGCUCGCUGACUGAGAGCAUAUGCACAGCGUACGAAAAUAAAAUGGCUAAGUCAAUGAACAUCGAUGCUAAGUCUCACAGCAGCGAUAGCGAAAAGGAAAUUGCGUUUUCGCCUGUGACAAACUUGACGUCGAUGUUGGGAGGCUUGCUCCAGAGCAUCAAGAUCAACAGCAACAAAACGUUGAAGGGCCAGGAAGCUUCAAACUUUUUCAGCAGCAACGUACAAUACUCGUAUACAGAUUUCAGUACUGUGGAUCACAGAAUCAAGCUACAUAUCGUUCUGAAUGUUUUCGAUCAUGAAAACGAGGAGCUAGUUUUUCUUCUUAGGGCGGAGAUUUUGAUGCAUUCUAUGCAGGAGACGUUUCCUGGGUGUUUAGUAUUGUCUACAUCUAAGGUUUACGUUCUUAGGAUUGAUGGAUCGGAAGGGGAGGACCCACAGCGCUGGCUGCACAAGGAAAUCAGUUGGACGACGGACAGACUGAGAUCUUUCGUACCGCUGCCGUUCAAGCAGGGUGUCCUGAUCGAGCUGCAACAGCCUGGCAAGAGCACCGGCGAGGAGCAUCUCGUUAUCACACUGCUCUGUAUCUUGCAAGACUUCCAAAGAACAUCGAACUUCCUUUUCUACAUUACGGAUCUGCAGUUGCCUCCAAGCUGCGAGGUGGAGUUCUCCGUUCCGGAGUAUUACAGUACCUCGAUGCACAAUCUGUUAACGAAUACUGCCAAUUAUCAGACCGGGGAUGUUGUGCGAUUGCUGGCGAUGUUUUCCUUCGCGGUUCUGAAACACCGAAACGUCACCACGAAGCUGAAGCUGUCCGGAUUGAUACUGACGGGUUUGGCAUUGGUGAUACUGGAGGACAAUAGUCAGUGGCUGAUACCAGGCAGCGAUCAAGCGCCUCUGGUCGCUAGAGAGCAAUCGAUGAGCAAUUUGAUUGCGAUAGAACACUACGACACUUCGCUGACGUUGAAUUUCUUGGACGAGAUCGCGGGGCUCGAGGAGAGCUGGAACUUGGAAUUUGUUUCUCCAGCUGCUGUCGACGCUGUAAUCAGCUCUAUACAGUCUCCGUGGGAAGAAUUGUUCUCGAUACCUCUGCAAGUAACGACGCGCGGUACACAAGAUAUUACACAGAAAGUUUAAAUGGCGAAGAUCGAAGCAGAUGUUUUUCGUUGGUUCGGCAAAUUUGAAAGGAUUAUUCUUUGUAUUUAGAAAAUUCGAUAAAAUUGCCGGCUACAAAGAAAAGAACAUAGUUGUUUUUACACAAGGUAGCUUUUCUAAUUUAGAAUAAUUUAUCUAAUGAUAUUUAUAUAUAUAUAUAUAUGAGAUUAGACAGAUGAGGUUUGAUAGACUAGUGAAGUUUUCGAUGGUGCUAUAAAAAUAUUGUGAUUUGUAAAUACAAAGAGUUAGAUUUCUUUUUUUCGCGCUGUUAUGUUUUUUGACUCGUGUUCCGCAACGACAUUACGUGCAAUAUAAACUCUUUUCUACUUGUGCGUAUCGGGAAUUCUACACAAGUUUGUUGCGUAUUACGUAAUUGUUGACUUCGUAAUCACUUCUGAUUGUAAAUAUCCGACUGUGAUAUGUAUAUUUCGAGUUUUACAAUAAACAUUGCAAGACUCAGGUAUCUACUGUAGACAUUAAUAUCGCGCGAGAAUAUUGUAAUAUAUAUUUUGUAACGAAGAUAUGAUAUAUAGCUGUAAUAUAAUUACACAAUCUUAGGA